GCAGCUGGGCCAGCAGUGGAAGUGCUCGCCUGGGCCCGGGGCGUACCGGACGGCGAGGUCCUUGGGGGACGUUCAGGCCCAGCAGGAGUUGAAGACGACCGUCGUCUCAUCGCCCGACCGGUCGCCCACGUGGCGCCUGGACAUGACCAGCCUGCAGCGGCCGAGCGUGUACCGCACCCUGGGCGGCGCGGGCCACACCCGCAGCGAGUGCGACCUGCGGCGCUACCCCACGCCGCGCAACCUGUCGCCGGGGCCGGGCAG